AAAUGUCAAAUUCUUCAAGAAUUGAAGAACAAAUUAUCUGAGUUUUGCUAUCCAUUAGGUUUUAGCUCUAAAUUUUAUAUUAUUGUAUAAACAAUUGUCUAAUUUCACCUAAGGGGAAAUAUCUGAGAUGAAAUUGACAUUUCAAUGAAACGAUAACUGAGAACUCUCAGCAGUAAAGCUGUCCUCUCUGUCUCCUGCUUCUAUUAAUACUUUCCAUCCACAUCACCUGUAGAACUGAUCCUCUUAUUCGGUCAAGCCCACAUACUGAGCGAGCCAGUAUCCAGACACAAAGAAAAGUUGUUUUUCUAUUCAAUAAAAGACAUUAGUGGUCAGAACUUCAAGGAUUUCUCUGCUUAGACAGAAGCAGAUUCCUUUGUUGAAUCUGCAGAUCUGGUCUUUUCUUAAAGCAGGCAUGUGCUUUUGCCAGAGCAUUAGGAGCGGUAUGAUGUCCGCCCUCUCCGUGACCCAGGCUUUGUGCUUCAGCUGUGAUUAUUAGCUGGUUUAUCUGUGUUGGGCUGUUUGAGCUUCAGUGAGAAUGUGACCUUUAUUGCUUAUAUGGAAGACAGCCAUCAGGCUUUCUCAGAUGAUAUGAGUACGCUGCCCGGAUACACAGGGGCCAGAAUAUCAGGCUGCUGGUCUCUCCGUACAGAUGGAGGUGGGAGUGGUGAAGAUUCUCUGGACAGGCUCCUCCCCCCGGUCAGCACCUCUCGCAGGAAGAGCAGCACUCUGGGUAAAACAGAACCUCCACUGCUCCGCACCGGCACACGUACCAUCUACAUAGCCGGCAGACCGCCCUGGUACAACGAACACGGAGCCCAGUUUAAAGAGGCCUUUGUCAUUGGUCUCUGCGGAGGCAGUGCCUCUGGAAAAACUACUGUAGCCAAUAAAAUCAUUGAAGCUUUAGAUGUUCCUUGGGUUGUUCUACUAUCUAUGGACUCAUUUUAUAAGGUUCUGUCUCCAGAGGAACAAGCUCUAGCGGCCAAUAACGACUAUAACUUUGACCAUCCGGGGGCUUUCGACUUUGAGCUGCUUGUGACCACACUGCGGAAACUUAAACAGGGGAAAAGUGUAAAAAUCCCAGUGUAUGACUUCACUACACACGGACGCCAGAAAGACUGGAAAAAUGUCUAUGGUGCCAGCGUCAUUAUCUUUGAAGGCAUCUUGUCCUUUGCAGACAAAGAGCUCUUGCAGCUGAUGGAUAUGAAGAUUUUUGUAGAUACAGAUUCGGAUAUUCGGCUGGUACGGCGGCUGAGGAGGGACAUCGCAGAGAGAGGACGUGACAUUGAGGGUGUGAUUAAACAAUACAAUAAGUUUGUAAAACCAGCUUUUGAGCAGUACAUAGAACCAACCAUGCGACUUGCAGACAUUGUUGUGCCACGUGGUGGGGGUAACAUGGUGGCCAUUGACCUGAUCGUUCAGCAUGUUCACAGCCAGCUAGAAGAACGUGAGAUUAGUGUCAGGGCGCUCCUGGCCACGGCCCAUCAGUCCCAGCCGCUGCCUCAGACUCUCAGUGUGUUGGAAAGCACGCCACAGGUUCGAGGUCUCCACACCAUCAUCAGGAACAAAGACACCAGCCGUGACGAGUUCAUCUUCUACUCAAAGAGACUGAUGCGGUUGCUUAUUGAACACGCACUGUCUUUCUUGCCCUCCAAGGCCUGUACCAUCCAAACACCACAAGGUCAAGAGUAUAACGGGCGCAGAUUUAGUGGGAAAGGGAUCACAGGUGUGUCCGUUCUUCGGGCAGGUGAGACCAUGGAGCCUGCACUGAGAGCCGUGUGGAAAGACGUCCGUAUUGGGAAGAUUUUGAUCCAGACUAAUCUGGAUUCAGGAGAACCAGAGCUGCACUACCUGCGACUGCCCAGAGACAUCAGUGAGGACCAUGUGAUUUUGAUGGAUAGCACCGUUUCUACCGGAGCUGCAGCCAUGAUGGCAGUGAGGGUGUUGCUGUGUGUGUAUGUGUAUAUACAGGACCAUGAUGUCCAGGAAGACAAGAUCGUGUUGGUGUCUCUGCUGAUGGCGGAGUUGGGAGUUCACUCAGUGGCUUAUGCCUUCCCUCGUGUCAAAAUCAUCACCACUGCUGUGGACAAGAGCCUAGAUGACCUUCUUCAUGUCAUCCCAGGGAUAGGGGACUUUGGUGACCGUUACUUUGGGACAGAUGGAUCUUCAUCAUGGAUUGAUGAAGAACAGCAAGAACCACAUAGCUGCUCAUCAGAGGUUUGACACUUUGUUCAAGCAAUUCAGGCAGUUGUGACUAGUCAGGAUCAACACUUACUGUAAUUUCAUAAAGCCAGCCAGGAACAAAAAUAGUUUUGCCUAACACACUCAUGAGGCACAGUAUUUUGUAGCACUUUAUUUUAUAACCGUAUGUUCAUGAUGUGAUCUAAAACAUUAAAAUGUCUUUUAUCUAUAAAUAAACACAUAUGUUAGAUUUGAUAUCUUUUUCUAGCUUUUCAAACACUGUAACAAUAGUUAAAAAAGUUAAAAAUGGUCACUUUUAUACAUUUCUAAGCAUUAGUUUGUACAAUUGUGUAAGUGUAAGAGUGGCUGGACCCAUUUGCCUGUUUAUUGGUUUUACACAUUCAACAUAAAAUAAAUUUUUUCAAACACUUGAUAAUGCGUCAGUCUUUUAAACGCAUUAUAUAUUUUCUUCAAACCUUCAAUUUCUUCAAUUUUACAAUUUCUAGAGAGACUUCUAUUUCAUCAUUCUUCAGACAGCUAAGAGGGAGUUUUCUGGGAGCAGAUAAGAGCUGUUUUUUCUCCCCAAAUGUAUUAAUUUUUUUUUUGACAUGUGCUACUGCAGCCAUAACACCAGGGGGCAGUACUUCACUCCUGUCUCAUUGUGCUUUUGCAGGUUCAGUAAGGACAUUCAAACUCCAACUAUGAAACUGAAAUGCAUUUAAGAAAAAUGUUGUUCACUCAAGAAUUUAGAGACAAUCAAACCAAACUGUGUCUACAAUCUUAAUAAAAGACCAGAAGAAGACAGUGACCUAACAAUGACCCUAGUAACUAAACAGAAUAGUGACAAGAUUAAGCUCAAGGUGUUUUUGUUGUUAAACUAGAAGCCUUGAGAGUAAAUGACAGCACACUUACUCAGCUCAAAAACCUAUUAAAGGUAGGGUAGGCAAUUUUGGAGAGGCUAGCAAUAGCAAGCUAGCUUUGAAAGCAUAAGAUCCCACCUUCCCUUCAGAGCGCUCUCCCAAGCCACGCCUCCUACAAUAGACAUGAAUGCACACAGCCAGAGCAAAGUCUGCAAAACGUCAUGAGACAGCGUUAAUAUACCUCAUGUUUCAAAGCACAUAACAUUACAAUAAUAAUGAAUGUAAACAACUUAAAGAGCUCUUACUUGUACCACCUGACUGCUGCAAAUUCAUGCGUUGAUAGUGUUGAUAUAGAAACGUCACGGGUUUACUGUAGCCAUCUCUGUUUACUGUAGUUAUGACGUAAACGCAGCGUAAGCUCAUUAUUUUGGUUCAGGAGGAACUGUAAGUGGUAGCUACUGUUUGUUGCGCCACUGGGUGACUGUGUUUACAACUCCAGCCUCAUAGAAUAGAUGGAAUAUGGAACACGCUGAUGAUGUGUGAUGUCUGCGCGAGCAGGGUGCGUGGAGGUAUGCAAAUACAGGCAGGUAGGACAUCCUAUUAUUGCAUUAGGACCGAAAGCAAUGAUUGGACAAACAUUGCCUGGUCCUGAGACUUCCACAAAAAUGUUUAAAGGUCCUGUUUUU